CGAGUAGCAAUUAAUUUUCAGACAGACACCGAUACGUACACAGCAAGUGCAGAUGAAUCAUGGCCUCCUCACGCGACGCUGACCAGAUCGAGACUCAGAAUGACCAGCGUCUCGAUGAGCUCACGUCAAAGAUACGCACUUUACGUGGUGUGACUUCGGAUAUCCACGAAGAUGUCGAGCGGCAGCAUCUUACCUUGGACGAGACUUCAAACACAUUUACGUCCUUCGGAUCCUCUCUCGCCCAGUCCUCUCAGCGCGCAGCGCGCGCAUUCGGUCUUUCAGGUGGCGUACGGACGUGGCGCAACAUCCUCACUUGUGUAGGCGUUAUUGUCGGUUUAUGGGUCGCGUGGCGGAUCUUCACUUGGUGGACGAGCUGAACACUAAUCUCCAUAUUGCAUUCUACGUCGGGUUCUCAGGUCGUUAGUUUGAUGGUGGUGCUUCUAUGACUAUGAUGUUAUUACAGUAUUGACUAUUCCUCGGUUGAGUGCCACUUAUUCUUUGUUUCAUGUACCUAUUUACCCUGCAUGCUUCAUUCCUGUAUAUGAUAGACUAUAUCGGACUUUUCUACACAUG